AAGCUUCCAACAUCACACGUCCUGACCAUACUCUGGCCAUGCGAUGAAUCGCAGCUCGUCCUCCCACUCUCGGCCGGGCGCCCAACUAACCCGCUCAUCCUCCUCCUUUGCGCCCUCCCUCCGCCGCCGCAACACGUCCAUCUCCUUCCAAGAACCCGACCCCUCUGACCCGGAAGCCGCGCAGACGGCGCACCACGACCAUGCCAUUGUCGAGGAAAUUGCCGAGAUAAAGCGCUACGAGGACUUUACUACUAUCGACUGGGUGCAAGACGCGGCUCGAGAACAGCUCCGCCGGAAAGCGCGGCGGAAGGAGCGUGCGGGCUUCUGGGAGAGAGAGCGCAGGAUUGGAUGGAGACGUAGGGUCGCCGAGGCAUACGAUGCGGGGCAGGCGUGGAUUGUGGUGACGCUGGUGGGCGCAGCCAUUGGGCUGAAUGCCGCCUUCUUGAAUAUUGCAACCGAGUGGUUGAGUGACGUGAAGCUGGGGCACUGCGAGACGGCGUUCUAUUUGAACGAGAAUUUCUGCUGCUGGGGUGCAGAGAGCGGGUGCUCCGAGUGGAAACGAUGGAGCGGCUUCUGGCCGAUCAACUACGUCCUCUAUAUCCUCUUCGCUGCCCUCUUCUCCUUGACGGCUGCCCUGCUCGUCAAGUCGUUUGCGCCAUAUGCUGCUGGAUCGGGAAUAUCGGAGAUGAAGUGCAUCAUUGCAGGUUUCGUUAUGAAGGGCUUCCUGGGUGCCUGGACGCUGGUGAUAAAGUCGAUUGGGUUGCCUCUCGCGAUCGCGUCCGGACUCUCGAUUGGGAAAGAAGGGCCAAGCGUCCAUUACGCUGUGUGUACCGGAAAUGUCAUAUCGAGAUUCUUCGACAAGUAUCGCCGGAAUGCCGCGAAGACGAGGGAGAUAUUAAGCGCCAGCGCAGCGGCAGGGGUCGGUGUAGCUUUCGGAAGUCCGAUUGGAGGGGUGCUGUUCUCCUUGGAGGAGAUGUCAAACUACUUUCCUCUGAAAACCAUGUGGAGGAGCUAUUUCUGCGCGCUGGUGGCUACCGCCGUGCUGGCCGCUAUGAACCCCUUCCGAACCGGCCAGCUGGUCAUGUUCCAGGUCAAAUACGACCGGUCCUGGCACUUUUUCGAGAUCUUCUUCUACCUGAUCAUCGGAGCCUUUGGCGGACUCUACGGCGCCUUCGUCAUCAAGUGGAACCUCCGCGUCCAGGUGUUCCGGAAGAAGUACCUCGCCAAAUACCCCAUCAUUGAGGCGGUUACACUGGCUGUGCUUACGGCUAUUGUUUGCUAUCCGAACAUGUUCCUCAGGAUUGACAUGACGGAGAGCAUGGAGAUCCUCUUCCAAGAGUGUGAAGGGGGUCAUGAUUACGACGCGCUUUGCGAUGGCAACAACCGUUGGCAUAUGAUCUUCUCACUUGCCAUUGCCACUAUCCUUCGUACGCUGCUGGUCAUAAUCUCUUUUGGGUGCAAGGUCCCAGCAGGUAUCUUCGUGCCCUCCAUGGCUAUCGGAGCCUCUUUCGGGCGUAUGGUCGGUAUCUUUGUGCAACAUCUACAUGAGAGCUUCCCGAAUUCUGCCUUCUUCUCCGCGUGCGAGCCCGACGUACCGUGCAUUACGCCGGGCACGUAUGCUUUCCUGGGCGCUGGCGCUGCUCUUAGUGGCAUCAUGCAUAUUACGGUCUCGGUUGUUGUCAUCAUGUUUGAAAUCACCGGCGCCUUGACAUACAUUCUACCGACUAUGAUCGUUGUCGGUGUAACCAAAGCCGUCGGCGAGCGAUUUGGCCAUGGCGGCAUUGCCGAUCGCAUGAUCUAUCUAAACGGAUACCCUUUCCUGGACAAUAAAGAAGAGCACACGUUUGGCGUCCCAGUAUCACAAGUCAUGGCCUCGCACGUCGUUUCUCUGCCGGCCACUGGGCUUGAAUUACGGCAACUGGAGCGUAUUAUGAAUGAGAAUCAAUACCAAGGAUAUCCGAUAGUGGACGACGCAAGCACAAAGACCCUCAUCGGCUACAUGGGCAGGACAGAGCUCCGGUACGCUAUCGACCGGGCAAAGAGAGACCAGAUGGCGCCUGGGCACGCGAAAUGCUUUUUUACCUCAUCUGGCACCGGUACAGACGCACGCACCCCCGCUUCCACGAUGCCCGCUGUCACGUUUGACACCAUGUCGGCCACCUCGGCGCAACUGCGCGUCGACUUCUCUAAAUUCAUGGAUCCGACUCCACUCACAGUGCACCCACGCCUUCCUCUAGAAACCGUCAUGGAGCUUUUCAAAAAGAUGGGACCGCGCGUCAUUCUCAUAGAAUACCGCGGCCGGCUCACGGGCCUCAUCACCGUGAAGGACUGUCUCAAGUAUCAGUUUAAGGUCGAGGCUCAUGAGAAUCCGCGGGAUGCCACUAGCCUGGACGAGCGGCAAGAGAAGAUCUGGGGCGUCAUCAAGGCCGGGGCGGAGUGGGUUGAUGGGAGAUUUAACGGGCUGAGGAGAAGGCUGGGAAUUGGUGGGCAGGAUAUUCGGUUAGUUAGUCCGACCAGUGCGGGUAGUGCUGAGCGAGAGCGGUUAAGGGAUAGCGACGAGGCGACUGAGCUGGAACUGGAAGACCGGGAGAGUAGUGGAGUUAGAUAGAUGGUAAUGUUCAAACGCAUUGUCU